UGACAAACAUGAAUGCAGAGUCUUCACAUCUGCUGCUGGAAGCCAUUAAUUCUGUGGCCACAGCGCAGCCAAAGAUUUUAGUAGACAUCCUAUCGCAAGCUCUGAGUCUUACAUUAUCGGGUAUGCCUAUGUUUGUAUUUUCCUUAUUGAUCCAGCUGAGCAAACAGAUGAUUUUAUUAUCCUCUUUCUCAAUCAGCAGACAUUGUCUUUGUCUUUUUAUAACAUUUAUGGUGAUUAACUCCCAAACUACGUUGUCUUGAUGGACUAUUAAUUGGUCUUUUAAUCACAUUUUUACAUACCAAAUUUAUUUUUAACGGGAAAAUAUAUUUUUUUAAUGAAUUUUUUAAAAAUAUAAAUUUUAAGCUUAAAUUUAGAUUUUUAAUUUUAAAAAAUUAGCCCCAGCAUCGUGUUUCUUUUUUUUUUUUUUUUUUUUUUUUUUUUUCCUUUUUUGUUUUUUUUUUUUUUUUUUUUUUUUUGAUAAUGCGAUUUUCGUCCGCCCAUAUUACCAAUGCUGUGAAACUUCACUGAAGGCUGCUUGCACUUAAGGUGACAAAUAGGCCUCAAAUUUAUCUCACAACGUUGUUGAUUAUAUUUUAAGUCAAAACGUGAUACUAGCCUGAUAAAAACAAGAAGUCAGAAGAAGACAUAACUGCAGAUGAUUUUGUAUAUUUUUGCCAGUUCGAAAGUUCGCUAUCACUUAUCAGCGGUAAGAUUUUUUCCUUUGUUACGGCGGGUCAAAAUACACAAAAAUUUUGUGGAAUUAGUGGAAAAAACUAUGUUUACAUUGAUGUACUGUAUCAGUGGACUUCAUAAUUAUUGAAAUUAAGUAUUUAAGGUUAUUUAUAGUAAUUUAUUAUUCCAGUAUAUCAAGUGUAUAUUUUAUUAUUAAUUUUUUGUUCAUAGGCAUAGUUGUUUGAAAUUUCCUUUGUUUACAUUGGAUAGGCUUAUAAGAGGCAAUGACUUUUAGGUCUAUAUUUUAUUCUGGAUUAAUAACAGCUCUUAAUUUUGAUUUUUUAUUAUUUUUAAUUCAAUAAUGUAUUUAGUUUUGUUCAGUUAUUUCUUUAAAUUAUAAGACCUUAGCUUAUAUGUAAUGUUUAUAUUAUAUUAUAAUUUCACAGCGCCGUAUCAAAGUGGUGACUAGGAUAUUUGACAACCCAGUCAUGACAAUGUUAUUACUGUCAUAAAACCUGAGCUAACUACUGAAACUUGUUCAAAAUAAGACAAGAUAAGGAGUACAUUCACCUUUAUCACUUUUCAAAUUCAGUUUACAUCAACAAGGCUGCAGAUGCUUUGUACAUGUAAACAGUAAUGGCAACUGCAAUGUUAUGGCAACUAAGCCAACUAGAUUUUAAUACUGGACAUUCCAGCUGAUAAACAACAUUUCUAACAUUUAUUGGACUCAUAACCUACAGGCCCAACUUGUGUGAUCUGUAACUGGAUAUAAAGGAGUUUAUUUACUGGAUUAUGGAUUUCAUAAAUUUUUUUUAAGCCAAUAUACGUGCCUAUAAAGUAAGUUUCUAUGAUAAAAAACAUAGCAAAAUGCUGAUAAGCAGGUACACGCAUGAAAAGUAUGUGCAUGUAAAUAUGUUACUGGAGCACACAUAAUAAAUAAUCAAGAGAAGCAGGAGAGAAUAAGACAUACUCAUUUCAUUAAUGUAACACAAUAUCGGUAUGAACAACAUAACUGUAAAUGAAAUAGUGGUCCUGGCAGAUUUCAAUAUCUCAACAGUAUAAAUGGUUCUGUUGUUAUAGUAAGCUAAGCUAAAUCAUAAAACUGUGGCUAGUUGAUUGGGCUGCAAUAAAAUUAGUGGAUAAAAGAUAUCUGCUUUGGGAUAAAUACAAAUAAUGUGGACAACAAUAUGAUUAGUAGAAGAAAACAACAACAGCGGCAAAAACUGGUAAGAGACUUAUUCUUUCAUUUCGAUUAAUUUUCUAGUGUAAGGCUUAUAUUCAUAUUUAUUUUAUCCUGAAGAACACAAAAUGCUUGUCUUGAAUAGUUAAAAAGAUCUUAUAGCUUUAUUCUUGUUGGUUCCUCAGUAGAAUUAAUCAGGCAGUGACAAACUUUGUUUGACAAUGCUCAUGUUUCUGCUGCAGCAAAAUGAAUGAUUAUUACACAGUGAUGACAUGAUGUUAAAACAGCAAUGGUUGCUUACAGUAAAGAUAUAAUAUAAUGUGAACAUCUUUAUUAGGUUUAUAAAAUAGAGAAAAAAGUUUGGACUUAAAGUUCUACCAUUGUUGUAUAAAUGAGUUUUCUGGAAAACACUAGUGGUGAUAUUUCACACAGAUAUGUUUGUACCCAAUGUGGUAUAUUUUUUAUAAAAAUAUGUAAAAUUUAUUCAUCUCAACUUAUAUUAUUUGCUAAUGAUAAUUGUAUUUCUCUCAUGAAGUACUUACCUGGUUUUCUUUUACUUUUUUUAAAUUAAAAAAAAUAAUUUUAAAAAAUGCACUAUUUAAAAAAAAUUAUAAAGUAAUAUUAAAAGUGGCAUAAUUAAUACAAAUAAUAGUAAAAUUGCUUGAAAUUUGUAUAUGUGUUGUAUAAAGAAAUGCCAUUGAUGAAUAUAAUAAACAUUUGAACUUAGGAAUAAACACUUAUUUUUUUGCUUCGACCUGUUUGUGGUAUGUUUACAUUUUUGUGAAAAUUUAGCACACCUAAAGACCUAAUCUCUUGGCCAUAAAUAAAACCAUAACUAAAUGUGAUCCUAUUGGUAUCAAGUAAUAGAUCAUUCAAUUUAGAAUCCAAUGAUAUAAUUGAUAUAUAACAAUUAAUAACAUGUUAUUACUACUAUGUUUUUGUUGUUCGUCCAUAGAAGUUGACUAGGACCAUCAAGUCAUCCGUUAGGGGAGGGUGGGUUAUGGUGAGAUUGUAGGUGGCUUGCUAGACCGAUCCGUGCUCGGAAUAAUCUAUGGCACCGCAAUCAUGAUAGUUGCUGCACACGGUGACCUAAUGUUGCUCUUUCGGGUAAUUCUGUGUGUCUCAGCUGUGGUUAUCCUAUUUGCUUCAUGGGAUUUAGCCCCCAUCUUGACAGCUGCUCUCCACUUGGCUCUGUCCUGGGCUGUCUGCACCAAUUUAGUAGGGUUGAUGCUGAAAGCCUUUAGUGCCACUUUCAGUGAGUCUUUGUAACGCUUUUUUUUACCUCCUUGGGAGCGCUUGCCUGUCAUGAGUUCUCCGAAGAAUAUCUUUUUUGGGAGCCGGUGGUCUUCCAUACGGGCUAGGUGUCCCAUCCAACGGAGUUGAGACUGCAUCAGGGUGGUGAAGAUACUAGGUAGGUUCACUCUAGCGAGUACCUCUGUGUCAGGGACUUUGUCUUGCCACCUGAUGCUGAGGAGUUUCCUGAGGCAGGUUGUGUGAAAAUGAUUCAGUUUCUUGACGUGCCGCUGGUAGACUGUCCACGUUUCACAUCUGUAGAGCAAUGUCGAGAGGACUACUGUGCUAUAGACCUUGAUCUUCGUUUCUCGUCUGAUACCUCUCCUGUCUCAAACAGUGCUGUGGAGCCUGCCAAAUAUGGCACUAGCUUUUGCGAGUCUGCCAUUCAUUUCAUCAUCCAUGACGACAGAUCUAGAGAGGGUGCUGCCCAAGUAAGUAAAUUUAUCCACCGGGUUGAGACGCUGUCCACUGAUGAUUAUGUUGGGUUCAACGUAGGGCUUACUGGGAGCUGGCUGAUACAUCACUUCAGUUUUCUUUGUGUUGAUUGUGAGGCCAAAGGUAUUGCAGGCCUCAGAGAAGAUAUCAACACUGUGUUGCAUGAUGGCUUCUGAGGCAGCGUUGAGGGCACAAUCGUCCGCAAACAGAAGCUCAUUGAUGGUGUUAUGUUUGACCUUGGAUUUAGUUUGAAGCCUUCUAAGGUUAAAUACUGAUCCAUCACAGCGAAACCGGAUUGGCGGCCCGUGGUGGAGUCCUGGAACGCAUCAGACAGCAUUGCAGAAUACAUAAUACUGAAGAGUGUGGGAGCAAGAACACAGCCCUGCUUUACACCGCUUGUAACGGGGAAUGUUUAAGAUGACUGACUGUUGUCCUGCACUCGGGCAAUCAUACAGCUGACGGAUGAUGUUGGUGAACUUGUCUGGGCAUCCGUACUUCUUCAUGAUUUUCCACAGGCCACCUCUAGAGACCCUGUCAAAAGCCUUAUUCAAGUCGGUAAAUUUGGAAUAUAGGUCUGUAUCUUGUUCCUGGCAUUUCUCUUGAAUCUGCCAAGCAGCAAACAAUCAAUGGUUCUGCGUUUUUUGUGGAAACCGCAUUUACUUUUGGGUAGGAGACCUAGCUCCAGAUGUGCAUUCAGGUGGUUCAGAAGGGCUCAGGCCAAGAUCUUUCCUGCUAUGGACAACAGUGAAAUUCCGCUGUGAUUGUCGCAGGGCUGGCGUUUUCCUUUGUGUUUGUACAGGUGGAUAAUCGAGGCAUCCUUUAGGUUUUGUGGUACAGUUUCCAUCUGCCAAAUGAUCUGGAAUAGUCGCAGUAGUUUAUCCAUCAGCGCUGGUCCACCCUCUUUGUAGAUUUCAGCAGGAAUCAUGUAGGAACCAGGUACUUUGCCAUUGAACAUUUGGCGAAUUGCUGUCUGUAUCUCAUCAAAAGUUGGGACGGCAUCCAGUGACUUGUUCGUUGGGACCUAACUACUAUGCUAUCACUGAACAACCAGCCAGGUUGUAAAGGUACCUAAUUAGGGAGAAAAAAAAUGGUUGAAAACCAAGAACAUUGAAGAGUUAAAGCCCUAUGGUAACAUUUAUGUGGAUUAAAGCCAUUUAGUACAAUUUAUUUGACCGAAAUGUUAAUUUCUAUCUGACUGAAUGUGUUUAUUAAUUAAAGCAUCUGUAUUUUGGAUCCCAUCCCUGAUGUGCUUUCUCAUUUCUUCUUUUUCUCUGGCAACAAGCCUGUGGCUGUAGUUCAUUAAAGAUGAAGUUGCACGGAAGUUGCUAUUGCUCUUUAAAUUUCCUCUGUCAAAACCAAGUCAUUGUUAAACAUAACCCAUUAAAUUAUUUUAGUUACAAAUAGUUCUUAAAAAAUAAUUUGACAAAAAUAAUAUAUAUAAUAAAAAAUAUAUAUUUAUAUACCGUUGAUAGAAUUGAAUUGUUGUGUUUUAGGAAUAUAUCAGUGCCAGUUUGCGACAGCAGUCAUCAAACAAUCAUUACCUUUAGAUACACUUGGAUAUCUCAUAGGGUAAGCUGAUAAUUUAAUUACAGUGAGAGCAUUUUCCUUCUAUUACAGUUAGUUGUUAUGAUAUCUAGUUUUUACAAUACAGUAGAGUUUCAAUUAUCCAAACUAACUGGGGACCAGGGAUGAUUUGGAUAACCAAACACUCUGACAGAAAGGUUGUAGUUAAAGAAGGCAGUGCAUAGAAAUAGAAUACAAUAGACUUUUAUUUUAUACAUGUAUGGUGCUUUAAAGUACAGUCUAUUAUAUACAGUAAUCAUUAAUGUUAUAUCAGGGUCUGCUGAUCGGUGUGGGUGAGGACUGGAAUUUUUUUUUCCUGUUAAAAUUAUAAAGAGUUUUUUUUUUUUUAAAUAGAUGACAGGCACUUAGAAUAAAAUCACUUUGCCUUUGAGUUGUGUGAUCUGCUAUGUAAAUAAAAAAAAAAUGACCACAUUCAACCACACAUGCGGCAACUCCACUGGCUUCCAAUAUCCUCUCGCAUCAAGUACAAGUCUGCCAAUCUAUGCUUCAACUCGUUCACUGACCCUCACUUUCCUGUCUUACAUCCCCACAAGACAACUAGGCUCUUCAAUUGACAAUAGAACCCUCUCAAUCCCAAGAACCAAAACUAAGACCAUCGGUGAACGCUCCUUCUACUUCCAUGCGCCCACGUUCUGGAACCAGCUCCCCUUCCACAUCCGUCAUUGUGAAACCUCGUCCACUUUCAAAAAGUCCCUUAAAACCCAUCUGUUUAGGUCCGCCUAUGACCUGUGAUGCACCCUCCUUGCCCUGCCUCAUUUUCUAUCUCGGGUUGAUCUUGUAGUAUAGGCCAAAACGUGCCAAAGUGUACUCGUUUUUAUAGCCAUUUUAAUGUUUAAGCUACUGUUUCUAUAGUCAUUUUUCACAUUGUAGUUACUAUUCUAGUGUCUCUGGUUUUUCAUUUGUAUUUUACUUUAGCAGUUUAAAUAGUUUACAUAUUUUUAAUAAUUGUAAAGCGCUUAGAGCUGUAAGAUAAGCGCUAUACAAAAAUGCCUAAAUAAAUAAAUAAACUAAUUAAUAUGUUUGCAGAUCAAUAUGCCAGUCAGGUCACUCAAUUUAUAUAUGUAUCGAGAUUUGACAUGGGUUGCUUAAAAGGGGUCAGAAUUCUUCGUCAGUGGUAGCAUUUAAUUUGUCCAUGCUAUGCACAUUGCGUAUGAUAAUAAUAAUGUUAAAAAAACUGGUCAGUUUGAAUAACGGGGGCUAGGUACAGUUGAUAACUCUACUGAAAUGAAAUAUUUGAUACAUAAAUGACAUUGAAACAUGAAAAACAUGUGCGCUGAGGAUAGACAUUCUGAUUUCUAGUAAAAAAUCUCCUUAUUUGAUUUUUUUAAAAAUCUCCUGCAGGAAGUUGAAUCAGGAGAGUGUAACACCCAAUGAGCAUCUACUUGGUGUGCUGCAAACAGUUAUAGACAGGAAGCCAGAGCUUGACCUUGACACCUUAACUCAACUCUUCACUUUGCUAAUGAUGUGCUCUAGUGGACAAAAUUCUAAUCUGACACUUG